ACUUCCCUUGAACGGCGAGGGCGCUGCUCAUACACACCGGUACAAUGGCGGCGCCUACAGUAGAAAAAGUUCAAGAGGUACGAGAGGUGACAAGAAUUGAAAGAAUUGGAGCGCAUUCCCACAUUCGAGGUCUGGGUCUUGAUGAUGCUUUGGAUGCUAGAAAUGUCUCCCAGGGAAUGGUGGGACAGGUGGAUGCUCGCAGAGCAGCGGGAGUCAUUCUGGAGAUGAUCAAGGAAGGAAAGAUUGCUGGACGAGCAUGUCUCAUUGCCGGACAUCCAGGCACAGGGAAGACUGCCAUAGCCAUGGCUAUGGCCCAGGCUUUAGGAACCGACACACCUUUUACCAGUAUAGCAGGCAGUGAAAUAUUUUCUCUGGAAAUGAGCAAAACAGAAGCAUUGACACAAGCAUUUAGAAAGUCUAUUGGCGUCCGCAUAAAGGAAGAGACAGAAAUCAUAGAAGGAGAAGUUGUGGAGAUACAGAUAGAUAGACCAGCCACUGGAACUGGAGCCAAAGUUGGAAAAUUGACACUGAAAACAACAGAAAUGGAAACAAUAUAUGAUCUUGGACAGAAGAUGAUUGAGUCGUUAACAAAAGAAAAAGUACAAGCUGGAGAUAUAAUUACAAUAGAUAAAGCCACGGGAAAAAUCACAAAGCUGGGACGAUCUUUUACACGAGCAAGAGAUUAUGAUGCCAUGGGAGCUCAGACAAAGUUCGUGCAAUGUCCAGAGGGUGAGCUACAGAAAAGGAAGGAAGUUGUCCAUACUGUCACAUUACAUGAAAUUGAUGUCAUCAACAGUAGGACACAAGGAUUUCUAGCACUGUUCUCAGGUGACACUGGAGAAAUCAAAAGUGAGGUUCGGGAACAGAUCAACAGUAAAGUGGCAGAGUGGCGGGAGGAAGGCAAGGCUGAGAUUGUUCCAGGGGUGCUGUUCGUUGACGAGGUACACAUGUUGGAUAUCGAGUGUUUCUCUUUCCUGAACAGAGCACUGGAAGACGACAUGGCUCCCAUCCUUAUCAUGGCAACCAACAGGGGCAUCACAAGAAUCAGAGGUACUAAUUACCAGAGCCCCCAUGGUAUUCCAAUAGAUUUGUUGGACAGACUGCUCAUCAUCGCCACCACUCCCUAUGAUGAGAAGGAGAUCAAACAGAUCCUCAAAAUCAGAUGUGAAGAAGAAGAUGUAGAAAUGACGGAUGAUGCAUUGACAGUAUUGACAAAGAUUGGAAUGGAAACAUCCCUUAGAUACGCCAUCCAGCUCAUCACAGUUGCCAGCCUAGUGUGUCGUAAGAGGAAGGGAUCAGAAGUGGAUGUGGAUGAUAUAAAACGAGUGUACUCCUUAUUCCUCGACGAGUCACGAUCCACACAGUUCCUAAAGGAAUACCAGGAGGAGUUCAUGUUCAACGAGAUGUCAGGAACAGCACAAUCUAUGGAGACGAGCUGAGUGGGACACAGAACCUAGGAUUCUUCUCAUUGUGUUGUUUUCAAUCAUUGUAUAUAAAGGGACUUUAUCACUGUUCGUGUUGACCAAACCACAUCAAAAUACACCAUUUUGCAAAAAAA